GACGGCAGAAGACGACGAACGUUUUGAUUAAUCGCUUCGCCGCGUUGGCAGCUCAUCUUCUUUUUACGUUUUUUUUUAGUUUCUUUUCUUCUCCUCUCAUCGUUUGUUAUCUUUAGAAAUGUUUCCAGAGGCGAACAAAGGUUAUACUUAUGAUGACUGCAAGUUCACAGCUGAUUGGCUGCUGGCCCAGACGGACAUCCGUCCCAUAGUGGGCAUCGUGUGCGGCUCUGGCCUGGGAGGGCUGGCUGACAUGCUGAAGGACCCCGUAGCCUUCAGUUACAAGGACAUACCAAACUUUCUGCAAAGCACUGUGCGUGGCCACACAGGACGGUUGGUGUUUGGGACCUUGAAGGGAAGGCCAUGUGUUUGCAUGCAGGGGCGCUUCCACCUGUAUGAGGGCUAUCCAGUCCAGAAGAUUGUGCUGCCCAUUCGAGUCUUCAAACUGCUUGGAGUGGAGACGGUGAUACUGACCAAUGCAGCCGGCAGCCUCAACCAGGACUUUAAAGUCGGGGACAUUAUGGUCAUCAAAGACCACCUCAACAUGCCCGGUUUCGCCGGCAACAAUCCACUGGCUGGUCCAAACGAUGAGCGGUUCGGAGUGCGUUUCCCCUGCAUGUCAGAUGCGUACGACCGAGAGCUGCAGCAGCUGGCCGUGAGUGUCGGGCAGGAGCUCGGCUACAGCGACUUUCUGAGAGAGGGCGUCUACUGUGUGCUGGGUGGGCCCUCGUUUGAGACGAUCGCAGAGUGUCGUAUGCUGAACAGACUCGGGGCAGAUGCUGUUGGUAUGAGCACUGUCCAUGAGGUGAUAGUGGCGCGUCACUGCGGCAUGCGUGUCUUCGCCCUUUCGCUGAUCACCAACAAAGCGGUGAUGGACUACGACAGUGAAGAGAAGGCCAACCAUGAGGAGGUCCUCCAGACCAGCAAGCAGAGGGCGCAGCAACUGGAGACGCUGAUCUUCACCAUGGUGACCCGGAUUGAGCAGAACAACAACUAUGCCUAACAGGCGCCACGACCCGCAACAGAUUGUAGAGCAGGGGUGGCCAGGUUCGGUCCUCGAGAGCCACAUUCCUGACACUCUUAGUUGUCUCCCUGCUCCAACACACCUGAAUCCAAUGAAAGACUCAUUAGCAGACUUUUAAUGAGCCUUUCAUUGGAUUCAGGUGUGUUGGAGCAGGGAGACAACUAAGAGUCAGGAAUGUGGCUUGUGAGGACCGAACUUGGCCACCCCUGUUGUAGAGUAACGAGCCAAGCUGAUACCCGAAUGAAAAUCCCGGUCAGUGUAUAUUCUGGGCUAAGCAUUUGUACUGUUUGUCUUUGGUUAAAGAGAUGUUUGUCAGCUUUUUGUUUUGUUUUUUUAAACAGUUACUUUAGCUGAUACCAACUUCACUUUUUUGCAGUAAGUAUACUGUUUUUCCUUUUUUGUACUUUUUUUAACAUAACAUUUGAUUAGUUUGUACAAAUGUCUACAAUUUAACUUAAUGAGAGAAUCUAGUGUGAAGUUCUAAUGACAGUAUUUUGUUGUGUACAUUCGGGUACUCUUCUGCCUUUUACUGUGCUUUUCUCUUUUUUUUUUUAAGAUUGUUGUCCCUAAAGUUGCUAUUUAUUACUGUACAUGAGUUUGCAUUGUUCUGUUUUUUUGUAACCUGCUCUGUGUUUAACUGGUUAAAUCACAGUGAUGUGAUUUUUAUCUUUAUUUUUUUUUGAACAAUUUGAAUCCAGAAAUGUAUUAAAAUCCAAGUCUUUAUUUUCAGUAUGUGUGUUUAACAUUUAAAGAGAAACCACAAGGUAAAUAAAUGCAUGGAUCCAGAAUGUUAAUCUCUGCAAAUAUUAAUUGGCAAAUGAACACAAGGAUGCUGGUAUUAAGAGAAUAAUAUGGAAACGUUGGCAGCCGUUUUGAGGAAGUAAAACGUACAUUUAAACAAACAACAAAAAAAGGCAUAACAAGAAUUGCAGCACAACUCCCUGCUUGACAAGAAAAAGUCAUUUUACACUAAAUUCUCUCAAAUGAUUCCCUUAAUGUCUAUUUUUUUUCCCUUCUCUUAACUCCACACAUGCUUGUAAAAUACUGCCCCCUCCGGUUGAACAAACAAAAGACAGGCUGAGAAUACAUUUUACACAGCAUGCAUACAAGCUAUCACAAGUUUCUCCUUAGGUCAUAUUUUCAUCCCCUUGUGGUGCUCCUGUGAGACACGCCCACCAAGCCAACCAUCAGGCUGCAGUCCUGCCUACUCAAAUGGGGGGGGGGGGGCAUGGUAAACAGCUGUUGAACUUAAAGCAACAGACUUUUUUAUGGUCUUAUCUAUGGGAUUUAUUUCCGCUACAAAAGCAAAUCUGUUAAGACACCUGCCCAUUUAUAUUAACGUCCUGAAAAGUUGGCGCAAUACGACCCCUUUAAACCCAGACAUCGUUGAUCCCUUUGAAAGGCAAAAUUUAAACAGCUGGUAUAUCCCUUUUAAAAUUUUUUGUAGAACUCUGUGCCAUGCAUAAUGAAUGUUAAAAUGGAAGAGAUUAGAAGGAAAAACAGCAUUCUGUAUGAUACAGCAUACCACAUGUGCCUGUGCAGGAACGCGGCCAUCCAGCAAAGACUCAUCAGUGGCUCCGUUUGACACCAAGUCAAAAACACGUGACAGCCAGCAGUCGAAACGACGCACUGAAUGUUUAGCAUUCAGAAUCACGCUGAGCAAUGAGGCUAAAGUCAGGAUUUCUGCUCAGUGACAAUAAAAUGUCAAAAAUAGUUCUUUAAAGAGAAUUUUUUUUUUUUUUUGCCAUUUUUGUAUUAAAUGUGUUAGUAACAUGUCACGACUAGUACCUUACUCCAAAUAUAUAUAUAUGUAACCUAUUUUAUGGCAGCUGAUCUUGAGGCAAAUAUAAAUUCGAAUUACAGAAUAAA